UGCGGAUGAAGGCACAGGCUGUAAGGGCAUCUCAGCAUGGGGGAGAGAGGGUUUUCGUGGAGAUGCCCCAGGGUAUGUAGAGGGACAAAUUGGGACGUUUCCUGGAGCAGUGGGAAAGGGCCAGAUUGCAAGGAGAGUCCCAGAACUUUGUACAGGGGGACAGUUUAGGGGUGGGUGUCCCUGGACUUUGUGCGUGUGUGUGUAUGUGUGUGUGUAGCAUCACUUGAGGCAUGCUGGAACUGUGGGGAUCACCUAGUUUUUUUCUAGUGGAGAAUGGACUAUUUGGCCCUUGGCACCUAGAAGCAGCCAGGAGGGAAGUACUGACCAUUUAAAAGUUGCAGAUCUCCGGGCCCCAUUUCUGCAGCCUUCAUUCUGCAACUCCAGCCACCCACCUGUGCCAACGUCAAGCCAGUUGGGAUUGCCUUGCUCGUGUGCCUCCUCCCAUCUGCUUUUUUCACCGUGUGUCUACAGCCUUAGAAAUAAGGACUCUUAGACAGCUGUCUUUAUAUUCCCAAGAAGUAUCUGUCUUUAAGCAAAUCUAGUCUGCAAAUUUUGGAUUUAUUCAAAAGCUUAAAUUAGGGUUUUUUUUAAAAAAACCUUGAAUUUCCCAAUUGAUUUACUGUAGGAUUUUUUGAGAGAACAAAUUCCCCAGAGAUUUAAAACUAGUCAGUUCACAGAAAAUCAGCUUAACUCAACAAAUGCUAAAUUGUGUACUAUGCUCAGAGCACUUUGUAAUGGGAAAUAGAAGAGCAAGACAAGGCCCUUCCCCUCAAGUCGCCUUGUCUGGCUGGGAAGAUGAGACAUAUACAUGUGAAAUAGGAAUGGUUUUAGGGAAGACUGUUGCCGGAUGACAAGGCUGUCACUAUUGUUCUGUACUACCUGACAUUAUGGGACCAGGCCAACCAGCUUCAACCUGUGUUCAUCUAGCACCUAGGACCCAACUUGAUGGGAGGAGCGACCCCAAAGUACUUCAGACCCAGAACCAGCUGCAGUUUAAUAGGAAUGUUCCUACACAUUCAAGCAACUUGGCGAUCCGAUAUUCUUGCCCACAUGCCAUUAGAAUUGAAAAACUGAAGCACUCAUACAAUGAAUCAUACCAUUGUAAAGAUGCAGAUUGUAGAGUUGGUCCUGACCUAGGCAGUUCUGUUUCAUUUUCCGUCAUAUCCCAAGAGAGACUUAGCUAUGCUGUCCACCUAGCCAGAAGAGAUGUGAAACGAAGACAAUUUGAAAAACAUAUAAAAGAACAUCAUCUCAGAAGUCAGCCUCAAAGCUCUCAGAAGUGUGGACAUACUAAGUAUAAAAUACCCGACCACAGGGUGGAAAGGAAGGAAUCAAAGAGUCAAGCAGCCUGUCAGUGCAGCCACCAGCCAUCCAAAGUAGAAAUCUCCAGCUCCGGUGCCAAAGUAUACCUUUACUCAUCUCAUCCAGGCCGGUCAGAUCUUACUGUGCCAAAUUCGCCACCCACCCAUGAUCCAGGACUUCAGCCUCAUCCCAGGAUAGGUGACCACAAAAACAUAAGUGAACAGAAAAGCCUGCUAGAAGUCCAGCGACUCCAGAAAGAACUGAGCAGUUGUAUCCACAAAAUUGAAGAGGUAACUAAAAAAGAUAGACUAGAAGAAGCUUUGGAUCCAGAUGAAGAACGUCGAAUCCGUAUCAGGAGACAGGAGCAAGCUGCUCGCUCUGCCCGAAUGCUCUACGUCCUCCAGCAGCAGGUAAAAGAAAUCCAGGAAGAAUUGGAUAAAUUGAGUCCACAUAAAAUUAAACACACUAAGAAGUCAUGGGCAAUGUCUAAGCUGGCGGCUGCCCAUAGAGGAGCCAUUCGGGCCUUACAGAUGUUUGUCACUCAGUUUACUGACCGAGGGGAGCAUCCACUUCCUGCUCGGUGUAAGGAACUGGGCAGCCUUAUUCGCCAGCUUUCACUUUGUUCUGUCAAGCUGGAUGCAGACUCUUCUGUUCCUGAUGUGGUUAUAGAUAUUCUGCAACAAAUUGAGGCUUUGGAAUCUCUCCUGGAAAAGAAACUGUCACCAAAAAAGGUGAAAAAAUGUUUCAGUGAAAUUCGGAGCAGAUUUCCUAUCGGUAGCCAAAAGGCCUUGGAGAGAUGGCCAAGUACAUCACCAAAGGGUGAGAGGAGGCCCCUCACAGCAAAGGACACAUUCCCACAGGAAACAAGUCGACCUUCUGUAGCAAAGCAGCUUCUUGCCGAUAAGUAUCAGCCCGAUAUGGAGCUUCCAGAGACCCAGAGGUUGCAGAGUGAGCUUGAUGUAUUAGAUGCGGAUAUACUUCCGGAAGAAGGACCAUUUAUUCUAGACCAAAGUGCAAGCUUCAAAGACGAGGUGUUAGCCGUGGCAAAAACAAAAGCAGUGAAAAAGAAGCCUGUGACUGAGAAUGUGCCAUUUAGGAAGAAGAAAGAUACUCUGGCGUCAGCAAGACAGCAAGGACUCUGCAAAGCUGAAAGAGGUAGACAAAGCCAACCUCACAGUAAAAGCAGAGUGCAGCAGACAACAGUUUCAUCCAGAUUAAAAAUGAACGGGCAGCCUGUGAAAGACCGCAAGGCACCAUGGAUACCCCCAAACCCCACAUCCCCACCAGCGUCUCGUAAAUGUGCCGCAUGGCUAAAGGUGAAAACUAGCCCCAGAGAUGCCACAAAAGAGCCUCUCCAGCAAGAAGAUCCUCAAGAGGAAAGUCACCUGACAGGUGCUGUUGAGCAUGAAGCAGCCAGGCUCGCUUGGCUUGAUGCUGAAACUUCCAAAAGAUUGAAGGAACUAGAAGAGUUAAAAGCCAAGGAAAUUGACAACAUGCAAAAACAGAGGCUUGAUUGGCUUGACGCUGAAACUUCUAGAAGAACAAAGGAACUGAAUGAGCUCAAAGCUGAAGAAAUGUAUAGACUCCAACAACUGAGUGUUUCUGCCACCCACUUAGCAGACAAGGUAGAGGAGGCAGUUCUGGAUCGUUUGAAGCCUCUCUUGGUCAAGGCCCAGAGAGUCAAUUCUACUACAGAAGCAAAUAUUCAUUUGAAAGAUGGCUCGUCAGUAAACACAGCGAAAGCCCAGCCUGCACAGGAGGUUGCAGCUGUUGAUUUUGAAUCCAACAACAUUCGUCAGCUUGAUGAUUUUUUGGAAGAUUCUGCCAGUGAGCUCUGGGCUGUGACUCAUGCUAAGAUCUUGGGGUCUGAAACCUUAGCCACCGUUGAGGACAGCAAGGAUAGCCCAGAUCUGGAGAUCAUGAUGCGCCGAAUGGAAGAGAUGGAAAAAUACCAGGAGUCCGUUCGUCAAAGAUAUAAUAAAAUCGCAUAUGCUGAUCCUCGACUUUGGAUGCAGGAAGAAAACAAUGACCAAAAAAUCUCAGCAAUAAGUGAAAAGCCUCUGUCUCCUCAUCCAAUCAGAAUCACGAAGACAGUGGAUCGCAAGGAUCCAGCCGUGAACAUCAUGUUAGAAAGGCCCUGUAAUGGCAAUUCCCUGGAUGAAAGUGUGGGAACAGAGGAAGGAUCAGAGAAAAGAGAGGCCCCUCUUCUCUCCCUAGCCGAAGAUUCUCAACAGAAAGAAGGCCGAGCUCCCCUCUUUGUCCCACCGGCUAUGCGGCACAGCAUCGGUGACUACUGUAGUCGUUUUGAGCAGUACCUUCGGAUCAUAUCUCAUGAGGCUGUAGGCUCCUUCAACCCGUGGCUGAUAGCUGAAAGCUUUUCAGAAGAGCUGGUAGAUGAAGCUCUGGGUGCUGUGGCUGCUGAACUUCAGGAUAUGUGCGAAGAUUAUGCAGAAGCUGUGUUCACCUCAGAAUUCUUAGAGGCUGCUACAUAAAGGCUCUCUGAGGCGAGGCCCUUUGUGUCACACUGGAGAAGGGAUGGCAUCACCCUUUGUUUUGGCCCACAGGAAAUUUUCAUCCUCAGCUGUCCAUCCAGGCCCAGAAGGUGCUGCCCACUGAAAGGAAGGCAGUGCCGGGGAGGUCAUCCUCACUUUGCAUUUUCUUUUGUCAUGGCAAUGGUUCUGGAAAUGUAUGAUGCAAUGUAUCACACUUAUCAGUGCCCAGGCAACACAACUUGAUUAUGGCAAUAUUUUCAGAAUGUGUACUUUUCCUAUUGAAAUACCAUGUUCAUUCCUCUGGCUCAGUUUGGUGAUGAAAAUGUUUUGAAAGAUAAUCGAUACGUAUAUUUCACACAAGGAUUCUGGUUGCUGUUGAACCCUUGCUGGCAUUGAUACCAACACAAGUGCGGCUACUAGCUGGUCCCAUCGCGGGGCCCCUGUUUUGCAUCUUUGGCGAUUUCCUGUCAGGACCUCUGGCCCUACUAGGCUGUAGACUCAGGGAGAGCACAGUCUGGCUGUGCUGCCAAACCUCUCCUCUGCUGCAGUUUAUUCCAAACAGGAGCCCCCUGGCUGUCAGUGCACAAUAAUAGACACACAUUUCUUCAAUGUUCCAUUCCUAGGUGAUUUUCACAUUUUUAGUUCCUCAGCAUAUUUUAUUGCUGUGUGUUGACACAAUCUGGUAUAAAAAACUUUCUCUGGAUUCAGAGGAAGUUUGAGGAAUCAGGAGAGGACCAGACCUUCUCCUGUGCCUGGGUGAAGGUACAGACCUCGCUGUGUCUCCAAUGAGGUCAGAAGUGUCUCUGUUUCAUACCACAAAGGAACCCCGAGUGGGAGUAGAGAACAGAUGGAUGGCGCGAAGACCUCUGUGUCUCCCCAGAGAAAGGAAGAAACUUAAGAACCAUCAUAGCCUGGUCCUCCAACAUCUUAGAGAUCAUGUUUUCUAAGAGAAAAGCCUGUGUUUUCAGAAACUCUGAAUUCAGAAAAAGAAACGGAAUGUGCGUAAGAAUCAGGCCACUGCCUGGAAAGACUUUCUCUCAAUUCGUAGCCUGAGGUUCAGUGAAGGAAACAUGCAGAAAGAAUGCCUGAGACGCCCCCAGGGAAUAAGGGAACUCUUUAUAACCUGUCCAGUGCUGUCAUCUGGGAUUUUUCUCUGAAGUACAAGAAUUUCAGGUGAUUUAAGCUGCUUGAUCACACUUAUUUGUGCAAAAUUAAUUUUCAUUUAAUGUUAAUGUUUUCCUGCUUAAUUUUAUAUAACUUCAGAAUGUAAAGAGCUUCAAGGUAAAUUACAAGGUGUUUAACCUGGGGAGUUAAAUGUGUACACUUGAAUUAAUAGGAGCACCUGUUGUUGCUAGUAUAAAGUAAUUUGUGUGGCAGUUUGUACUGUGCUGAUUUUUUAAAAUAAACCCAAUAUUUUAAAGUA